AUGCAACAAGAACAAUUCUUGCAAAGCCUAUGGCAGGUUGCCCAAGGUUCAUGGGGCUCUGGUGUCCUCCCAAGCUCAGAGAACCUAGCCCGAGCCCGGUCAUCCAUUCCCAAAUCACUGCCUGGCGUCGGAGCCAGCCUGGAGUCCGUUCAGCAACAUAUUCUGGGUGACAUCGUGCCUGCUUUCAAUGGAGGUAGCAUCAGCCCCAACUACUAUGGUUUUAUAACCGGUGGGGUAACACCAGCUGCUCUCUUUGCCGAUAACGUUGUGUCAGCCUACGAUCAAAAUGUUCAGGUACACAUUCCAAACCAUUCAAUUGUUACAGAUGUAGAAUACCAUGCUCUUGGCUUGCUUGCGGAUCUCUUGCAUCUAUCUCGUGAUAGAUGGCAUAAUGGAACAUUUACCACCGGUGCUACAGCUAGCAAUAUCCUUGGUCUAGCCUGCGGGCGAGAAUUUGUUCUUCAAAAAGCGGCGGGGAGAAAGGGAAGCCAGUUAGGCAGCGUUGGCGAGCACGGUUUAUUCGAAGUACUACAAGAGCUUGGUCUUUCGGGUGUUCAGGUUUUAUCAACUCUGCCACAUUCUUCAUUGGUAAAAGCUGCAGGGAUUCUGGGCAUUGGCCGCGCAAACGUUCGAAAUAUCUGUCGAGAUGAUAAUCCACUUCAGUUUGAUAUGGAACAGCUGGAAAACGAGCUGAAAAGAACCGACAAAGUGAGCAUUGUGGCUAUCUCAUGUGGUGAAGUUAAUACUGGCCGAUUUGCCACUUCUGGAGUCGAGCAAUUGGGCAGACUUCGCUGGCUGUGUGAUAAGUAUGGUGCAUGGCUGCACGCUGACGGUGCCUUUGGAAUAUUCGCCCGAGCUCUGGACGAUAAGCCAGAGUAUGCUACCAUCAAGAAAGGCAGCCAUGGAAUUGAUAUCGUGGACUCAAUCACCGGAGAUGGUCACAAAUUGCUGAAUGUGCCUUAUGAUUGUGGUUUCUUCUUCUCUCAACACGCAGACUUAGCCGCUAAAGUGUUCCAAAAUGCCAAUGCCGCCUAUUUGAGCGCAGGCGCAACAGAUGGCCCAUCAAUUCCGUCUCCUCUCAACAUCGGUAUUGAAAAUUCCCGCCGGUUCAGAGCAUUGCCAGUGUACGCGUCUCUGUUGUAUUACGGAAGAGAUGGAUACCGAGAAAUGCUCGAACGCCAGAUUCAGCUUGCUCGUGCUAUCUAUCAAUGGAUUUUUGAUAGCCCCGCAUAUAUAGCGUUGCCAGAGGCGAAUUCUAAAGCUGAGCUCGUGGACCAGACAUUCAUGAGUGUCCUGUUUCGUGCUAAGGAUGAUGCCCUGAACCAGGAAUUGGCUAAGAAGAUAAAUGACACAUCACGGAUGUUUGUCUCCGGCAGCAGUUGGGAUGGUACACCAGCCGUUCGAAUUGCUAUCUCCAACUGGCGAGUGGAUGUUGUACGUGAUACUGCUUUGGUGAUUGGCGUUUUGGAUCAAGUGGCACAGUUAUGA